UCACUCAUCCUCUAGUUCACUUUCUCUUAGCCAGGAUCCAGCACAGUCUUUAUCCAGCAGCCAGGAAAAUGAAAGGCAGUUUUUACCUCCAUUUUGCGUCCACCUAUUCCAUCUUAUUCUUACAUCUUCAGGGAGGCGCAUGUUCAGAGGGUGAGCACAAGCUCUUCUCCGUCAUCUUCUCCAAGUACAAUCAGUUCAUUCGACCGGUGGAGAACGUAUCUGAGCCGGUCAUUGUGCAGUUCGAGGUCUCCAUGUCCCAGCUGGUCAAAGUGGAUGAAGUCAACCAGAUCAUGGAGACCAACCUGUGGCUGAGACACAUCUGGAAUGACUACAAACUCAAGUGGAAUCCAAAAGAUUUCGGAGGUGUCGAGUCCAUACGCGUGCCGUCCAACAGGAUAUGGAAGCCUGAUAUUGUGCUAUACAACAAUGCAGUCGGAGAUUUCCAGGUCGAUGACAAAACUAAGGCUCUGCUCCGGUACAAUGGCGAAGUCACGUGGAUCCCUCCUGCUAUCUUCAAGAGCUCGUGCAAGAUUGAUGUGACUUACUUCCCCUUCGACUACCAAAACUGCACGAUGAAGUUCGGCUCCUGGACCUACGACAAGGCCAAGAUCGACCUGGUGCUGAUUGGCUCCACCAUCAACCUCAAGGACUUCUGGGAGAGCGGCGAAUGGAUGAUCAUCGACGCCCCCGGCUACAAGCACGACAUCAAGUACAACUGCUGCGAGGAGAUCUACCCAGACAUCACGUACUCGUUGUACAUCCGCCGGCUGCCGCUCUUCUACACCAUCAACAUGAUCAUCCCCUGCCUGCUCAUCUCCUUCCUCACCGUGCUCGUCUUCUACCUCCCGUCCGACUGCGGCGAGAAGGUUACGCUUUGCAUCUCCGUGCUGCUCUCCCUGACCGUCUUCCUCCUGGUCAUCACCGAGACCAUCCCCUCCACCUCACUAGUCAUUCCGCUGAUCGGCGAGUACCUCCUUUUCACCAUGAUAUUCGUCACCCUAUCCAUCGUCAUCACCGUGUUCGUGCUUAACGUCCACUACCGCACGCCCAAGACGCACACCAUGCCGCGGUGGGUGCGCGGCGUCUUCCUGGGGCUGCUCCCCAAAAUCAUGUUCAUGACCCGACCGGAGAGGGAUCCGGAGAAAACGAACCAGACCGUUCAGAUGAUCCAACAGAGACCGUGCGGCGUUCCCACGACAGGACCCCAACACAAGGCUCGGGCUCUGGCCUCCAGCGUGGUGUCCAGCCUGACUAACCGCCAGAGGCUCCCAAACAACCCAGAGAUCACCAAUCUCAACAACCUGAACGCAAUUGAGCUGACCAAAAGCGCCGGGUCAGAUUCGCUGUGCCGCGAGGGGCGCUGCAACAGCUGCUUGCACCAGAGGUCCGGGAAUCUGCCAACAGACUCCAGAGGAGGUGGCGGCUUGAGCUGCCUUGGGGUCUUGACCGGAGGCGGCGUGCCUGGAGCAGGGAGUCGGUGCUCCAGCUCAGAGUCUCUGGAUGCGGGAGUCUUGACUUUGCUCCCGUUCUCCCCUGAGAUCAGGGAGGCGCUUGAGAGCGUCAAAUACAUCGCUGAGAACAUGAGAAUGCAGAACGAGGCGAAGGAGGUUCAGGACGAUUGGAAAUACGUCGCCAUGGUGAUCGACCGCAUCUUUCUGUGGGUUUUUGUCCUGGUGUGCAUCCUCGGAACCGCCGGCCUUUUCCUCCAGCCUCUUCUACUUGGGGAAGACAUAUGAAUGAAUACCUGUUAUGUUUUUAUUUUUAUU